GUCCCGGCCAGUCCCGUCCGCAGCGCGCGCUUCCCCGGCCGCCGCUCGCCGCCCUCGGCUGCGCCAUGGCUCGCCCGCGGCCGUGCGGCCCGGCCCCGCUGCUGCUGCUGCUGCUGCUGGCGGCCGGCGCCGACGGGACGUGCCCGGAGCGCGCGCUGGAGCGGCGGGAGGAGGAGGCGAACGUGGUGCUCACGGGCACGGUGGAGGAGAUUCUCAACGUGGACCCGGUGCAGCACACCUACUCGUGCAAGGUGCGGGUCUGGCGCUACCUGAAGGGCAAGGAUGUAGUGGCCCAAGAGAGCCUACUGGACGGUGGCAACAAGGUGGUGAUUGGCGGCUUUGGAGACCCCCUCAUCUGUGAUAACCAGGUGUCCACUGGGGACACCAGGAUCUUCUUCGUGAACCCCGCACCACCCAGCCUGUGGCCGGCCCACAAGAAUGAACUCAUGCUGAACUCGAGCCUCAUGCGGAUCACGCUGCGUAACCUGGAGGAGGUGGAACUCUGCGUAGAUAAACCGGGGACCCACUUCACACCUGUGCCUCCAACGCCUGCUGAUGCCUGCCGAGGAGUACUGUGUGGCUUUGGCGCAGUCUGCGAGCCCAGCACUGAGCAGCCGGGCCGUGCGUCAUGUGUGUGCCCUCCCCGCGCCUGCCCGGCUGUGGUGGCACCCGUGUGUGGCUCAGAUGCAUCCACCUAUAGCAACGAGUGUGAGCUGCAGCGUGUGCAGUGUAGCCAGCAGCGCCGCAUCCGCCUGCUGCGGCGCGGGCCCUGCGGCUCGCACGAUCCCUGCUCCAACGUGACCUGCAGCUUCGGCAGCAUCUGCGUGAGCUCCCCCGACGGACGCAUGGCCUCCUGUCAGUGUCCCACAUCCUGCCGUGGGGCCCCCUCUGCCACUGUGUGCGGCACCGAUGGCAAUGACUACCCGGGCGAGUGCGAGCUGCGUCACCACGCAUGCACACGCCAGGAGGACCUGGCCAAGAAGUUUGAUGGCCCCUGUGACCCUUGCCAGGGCGCCCUCAGUGACCCAAGCCGCCUCUGCUGGGUGAACCCACGCACACGGCUUCCAGAGCUGCUGCUGCGGCCGGAGAACUGUCCUCCACGGCGCGCGCCUAUUUGCGCCGAUGACGGUGUCACCUACGACAAUGACUGUGUCAUGGGCCGCUCGGGCGCUGCCCGUGGCCUCCUUCUGCAGAAAGUGCGCUCUGGCCCGUGCCAGCCCCGAGACCAGUGCCCUGAGGCCUGCCACUUCCAUGCCGUGUGCCUGUCCCGCCGUGGCCGAGCAAGCUGCUCCUGUGACCGUGUCGUGUGCGACGGGGCUUACCGGCCCGUGUGUGCCCAAGAUGGCCGCACCUAUGACAACGAGUGCUGGCGCCAGCAGGCUGAGUGCCGGCAGCAGCGCGCCAUCCCUGCCAGGCACCCGGGCCCGUGUGACCAGGCCCUGUCCCCCUGCCGUGGGGUGCAGUGUGCAUUUGGGGCCACGUGCACCGUGAAGAAUGGAGAGGCUGUGUGCGAGUGCCAGCAGGCCUGUGCUGGUGCCUACGACCCGGUGUGUGGCAGCGAUGGUGUCACUUACGGCAGUGCCUGUGAGCUGGGGGCCACAGCCUGUGCCCUGCAGCAGGAGAUCCACGUGGCACGCAAAGGGCCAUGCGAUCCCUGUGGGCAGUGUCGUUUUGGGGCACUAUGCGAGGCUGAAACUGGGCGCUGCGUCUGCCCUUCCGAGUGCGUGGCCUCUGCCCAGCCAGUGUGCGGCUCUGAUGGGCACACGUACGCCAGCGAGUGUGAGAUGAAUGUCCACGCCUGCACACACCAGAUCAUCCUGCACGUGGCCUCAGCUGGACCCUGUAAGACCUGUGGCGACACUGUGUGUGCCUUUGGGGCUGUGUGCUCCGCGGGGCGUUGUGUGUGUCCCCGGUGUGAGCACACACCCGCCGGCCCCGUGUGCGGCAGCGAUGGCAUCAGCUACCGUGACAUCUGUGAGCUCCGGGCCACCGCCUGCCAGCGGCAGACACACAUCGAAGAGGUCCGGGCAGGGCCGUGCGAGCAGGCCGAGUGUGGGUCAGGAGGCUCCGGCUCUGGCGAGGGUGGUGACUGUGAACAGGAGCUGUGCCGGCAGCGUGGUGGCAUCUGGGACGAGGACUCGGAGGAUGGCCCAUGUGUCUGCGACUUCAGCUGCCAGGGCGUCCCACGAAGCCCCGUGUGUGGCUCGGACGGGCUCACCUACAGCACUGAGUGUGAGCUGAAGAAAACCAGGUGUGCAGCCCAGCGGGAGCUCUACGUGGUCGCACAGGGGACCUGCCGAGGCCCUACUUCAGCCCCAUUGCUGCCUGUGACUCCCUGGCACUGUGCGCAGACCCCCUAUGGUUGCUGCCCAGAUAAUAUGACUGCUGCCCUGGGCGUGGGCCUGGCCGGAUGUCCCAGUGCCUGUCAGUGCAACCCACACGGCUCCUAUGGAAGCACCUGUGACCCAGCCACUGGCCAGUGCUCUUGCCGUCCAGGUGUGGGUGGCCUCAGGUGUGACCGCUGUGAGCCUGGCUUCUGGAACUUUCGCGGCAUAGUCACCGACGGACGGAGUGGCUGCACCCCCUGCAGCUGCGACCCACGCGGUGCUGUGCGAGAUGACUGUGAGCAGAUGACCGGGCUGUGCUCCUGUCGGCCUGGUGUGGCUGGACCCAAGUGCGGGCAGUGUCCAGGGGGCCGCACCCUGGGCUCCAGCGGCUGUGAAGCAGACUCGCCACCUGCCUCCUGUGCGGACCUGCAAUGUGAGUUCGGGUCCUCAUGCGUAGAGGAGGACGGCUCUGCCCACUGCAUCUGCCCGGCCCUCCCCUGCCCAGAGACCAACACCACCAAGGUCUGUGGCUCCGACGGCAUCACCUACGCUAGCGAGUGCCAAUUGCAGACCAUCGCCUGCCGCCAGGGCCUGCUGGUCUCUGUCCAAGGCCUCGGCCCCUGCCAGGAGGCUGUGACCCCCGGCGUCCACCCGACGUUCUUGCCUGUGACCUCCCUGGGGCUCAUCCCAAGUCAGCCUGUGCUGCCGCAGCUGCCCCACACCCUCCCCCCGCUUCCCAGCAGCACCCUUGGGAGCCAGCCCACCCCCCCACCCUCACCUCUACCCCGGACUACCGCUGGUAUCCCCAGGACCUCAGCACGGCUGGUGCUGACGGCACCCCCCACUGCUCCCCCUGAGGCCACAGGCCUUGCCACAUCUGCCUUUGGUGGGUCUGGCAGUGCCGACGGAAGUGGGGACGAGGAGCUGAGUGGGGACCAGGAGGCCAGCGGCGGAGGCUCAGAGGGUCCUGAGGUUCCUGGGGGCGGCAGCAGGGUGACCCUUGGGCCCCCCGUCGAGAGGGCUUCCUGCUACAACGCACCUUUGGGCUGCUGCUCUGAUGGCAAGACUCCCUCCCUGGACGCCGAGGGCUCCAACUGCCCUGCCACCAGGGCCUUCCAGGGCGUGCUGGAGCUGGAGGGGGUGGAGGGGCAGGAGCUGUUCUACACCCCGGAGAUGGCCGACCCCAAGUCGGAGCUGUUUGGGGAGACUGCCCGGAGCAUCGAGAGUGUGCUGGACCACCUGUUUCGGAACUCGGACGUCAAGCAAGACUUCCGCAGUGUCCACCUGCGGGACCUGGGGCCAGGCAGGUCUGUCCGGGCCAUCGUGGACGUGCACUUUGACCCCACUACAGCCUUCCGGGCGGCCGACGUGGGCCGAGCCCUGCUCAGGCAGAUCCAGGCGUCCAAGCGCCGAGCGCUUGGGGUGAGACGGCCGCUGCAGGAGCACGUGAGGUUCCUGGACUUUGAUUGGGUUCCAGCCCUCCUCACCGGAGUCACGACAGGAGCCACAUCUGCUGCCACCACAGCCAGGGCCACCACGGGCCACUGGCCUCCCUCCACCGUGACCCCUAGGACUCACACCAGCCGGCCUGCUGUCCGGGGCACAGCACCCCUUACGACGCGCAGGCCCCCGACUACCGCCCCCAGCCGGGGACGGGGACUGCGGCCUUCGCACCCCAGGCCGUGCGACUCCCAGCCCUGCCUCCAUGGGGGCACCUGCCAAGACCAAGCUGGUGGCCAGGGCUUUGCUUGCAGCUGUCCAGUGGGCAGGGAAGGUGCCCUGUGUGAAAAGGCCCUGCACCCCUCUGUGCCAGCCUUCGGGGGUCACUCCUUCCUGGCCUUUCCCACUCUCCGUGCCUACCACACGUUGCGCCUGGCCCUGGAGUUCCGGGCACUGGAGCCGCGGGGAUUACUGCUCUACAAUGGCAAUGCCAAGGGCAAGGACUUCCUGGCGCUGGUGCUGCUGGACGGCCACGUGCAGCUCAGGUUUGACACAGGCUCAGGGCCUGCGGUGCUGAGCAGCUCCGUUCCCGUCCAGCCGGGCCGGUGGCACCGCCUAGAGCUGUCCCGACACUGGCGCCGAGGCUCACUCUCUGUGGAUGGUGAGGCCCCUAUUACGGGAGAGAGCCCCAGCGGCACGGACGGCCUCAACCUAGACACAGAGCUCUUUGUCGGAGGUGUCCCUGAAGACCAGGCUGCCGUGGUGCUGGAGCGGACCUCUGUGGGCCUGGGCCUGAGUGGCUGCAUCCGCCUACUGGAUGUCAACAACCAGCGACUGGAGCUGGGCGGAUGGCAGGGGUCAGCUCUGCGGAGUAAGGACGUGGGCGAGUGUGGACCACACCCCUGCCUACCCAACCCCUGCCGGGGCGCGGCACCAUGCCAGGCCCUGGAGGACGGCAUGUUCCACUGCCAGUGCCCGCCAGGCCGAUUCGGCCCCACCUGUGCUGAUGAGAAGAGCCCGUGCCUGCCCAACCCCUGCCAUGGGGCUGCCCCGUGCCGUGUGGUGCCUGAGGGAGGGGCCAAGUGCAAGUGCCCCUUGGGACGCGGUGGUGCCCUCUGCCAGACAGCCUUAGAGCAGGACAACUCCCGGCCCUUCCUGGCGGAAUUUGGCGGCUUCUCCUACCUCCAGCUGGACGGCCUACACACUUUCGACCGGGACCUGGGGGAGAAGAUGGUACUGGAGGUGGUGUUCCUGGCCCGACGGCCCAGUGGCCUGCUCGUCUACAAUGGGCAGAAGACGGACGGCAAGGGGGACUUUGUGUCCCUGGCACUGCAGGACCAGCACCUGGAGUUCCGCUAUGACCUGGGCAAGGGGGCCGCGGUCAUCAGGAGCAAGGAGCCGGUCCCUCUGGGCAGCUGGACUCGGGUGUCUCUGGAGCGGAAUGGCCGUAAGGGUGCCAUGCGUGUGGGUGAUGGCCCCCGUGUGCUGGGAGAGUCCCCGGUGCCGCACACCGUCCUUAACCUGAAGGAGCCACUGUAUGUGGGGGGGGCUCCUGACUUCAGCAAGCUUGCCAGGGCAGCCGCUGUGGCAUCUGGCUUUGAUGGUGCUAUCCAGCUGGUUGCCCUGCAAGGCCGCCAGCUGCUAAGCCAGGAGCACGUGCUGCAGGCAGUGGACGUCGCUAUCUUUGGGGAUCAUCCCUGUACCCAGGCCUCAGGCCAUCCCUGCCUCCACGGGGCUACUUGUGUCCCACAAGAAGCUGCUUAUGACUGCCUCUGCCCCCCGGGCUUCUCGGGGAGGCACUGUGAGGAGGGGCUGCUGGAGCGGUCAGCCGGGGACCUGGGUGCGUUGGCCUUUGACGGACAGACCUUCGUGGAGUACCUCAGUGCUGGGACUGAGAGUGAGAAGGCACUGCAGAGCAACCACUUCGAGUUGAGCCUGCGCACGGAGGCUACACAGGGGCUGGUGCUGUGGAUUGGCAAGGCCACAGAGCGGGCAGACUACAUGGCUCUGGCCAUCGUGGACGGGCGCCUGCAGCUGAGCUACAACCUGGGCUCCCAGCCUGUGGUGCUGCGCUCAAGUGUGCCCGUGAACACCAACCGCUGGCUACGCGUCCGAGCACACAGGGAGCAGAGGGAAGGCUCCCUCCAGGUGGGCAACGAAGCCCCAGUGACCGGCUCCUCCCCGUUGGGUGCUACACAGCUGGAUACAGAUGGAGCCCUGUGGCUCGGGGGCCUGCAGAGGCUGCCAGUGGGCCAGGCCCUGCCCAAGGCCUACAGCACAGGCUUCGUGGGCUGCCUGAGGGACGUGAUGGUGGGCCAGCGCCCCCUGCAUCUGCUGGAGGAUGCAGUGGCCAAGCCGGAGCUGCGGCCCUGCCCUGGCCCGUGAGCCGACCCUGCCAUCUGCCAGCCCGCCCUCGCAAUGAACUGUUUCUAUUUUUGUAAAGUUGUUGCUUUUUGAUACAAUUCCCUUGCCCAUCUGAGGGCCAGGGGGUCCACCGGCCUGGGCUGCCCUCCGUCCAGGCAUGCUAGACUGACUUGGGCCAUGGGGGUCAACCGCCAGCAGCCUCUGGCUGGGUUCUUCAUGUGCCCCACCCCGGGCAGGCCCUGCCCACACUCCAGGAGCCCUCCAGGCCCUGGCUGGAGCUGAUCUUCCGUCCUCCCCCACCCUGUCCUGCGUCAUGAACAGGAGGCCUGGCCCUGCCCAUCCUGUCUGCCUGGGCAACCUGUGUCCUCAGGGACAGCACCCGGCCUUGGGCUGGGCACAGCUAUGGCAUGCAGUGAUGGGCUGUGCACUGCUGCCCAUGGGCGGGGCUGCUGUCCUUGUCUGACCAGACGGGGGAUCCACAGGCAGCAG